AGAUGAAGGGAGGGAUGAGCUCUCUGGGCGCAUUCUUUCUGGUGAUUUUGCUGUCUGCCGUUGAGGCGGAUAUGAGCAAGAUGAGCGGUCAAUCGUCCCCCGAUGCUUCUAGCCUUCAUUUGAGGAAGAAUACUUACAGCUCCAUGAGCAGCACGACCAUCCAAAACCCCUGCGACAACUGUGAUUGGAUGUGUGAAAUGGGAUUCUAUCUUGACAAGGGAACUUCCCCUUACAACUGGGUUUGCAAACAAUGUCCCUCGAACUCUUACUCGAAUAUGCGAGGAGCACCCAACGUGUCUUCCUGCAAGUGCAAUGCUGGCUACGCUGGGACCGACGGAACUUGCGAUGCAUGCGCUGCAGGCAAAUACUCUUCGGUCUAUGGGUUGACUGCCUGCCUCUCGUGCACAGCUGGUACCAACUUCUCCUCGGCCACUGGAGCAACUACAUGCACAGCAUGCAACACAACCUGCCCAGCUGGAAGUUAUAAGAGUGGUGAUUGCACUGCCUCACAGAACCUGCAAUGUGCGACAUGCUCGAGUUAUCUUACUUAUUCUACUUCAGUCAGCGCAAACUCGGGCGCAGCCAGCAGCGUGUGCGUGUGCGAUGCCGGGUACUACUACAACUCUACGAGCUCCACUUGCAUCGCCUGCGAGGCAGGGAAGUACAAGUCGGACAAGUCCAACGCUGCAAUGUGCACUGAAUGCAACGCUUCGACGUACUCCAUGGCAGGUCAGUCGACUUGCUACUCAUGUGCCUCUCCAUCUUCUUGCAACACUGGGUAUUACUUGGAUCCGAGCGCGUGUAGCAACUCCCAGUAUACGUGCCAGCAGUGCAAAGGAGAAGGUGGACAGCUCUCGGACUCUCCACGGAAUUCCUCGACGGACUGCUAUUGCGGCUUGGGAUAUUAUUACAAGGAUGCUACGAAUGGAUGUACCAAAUGUCCUGCAGGCAAAUUUGGCAACGAAACCAAACUGACGCAGUGUUAUGAUUGCACGGAAGGUGUGAACUACGCUAACGUCGAAGGACUACAAUCUUGUAUAGCCUGCACGCAAUGCAGUGCAACUCAGCAAACUGAUCAAACUUGCACUAAAACUACUCAAGCGUCUUGCCGUACCUGCCCGGCCAACUCUGCGUUGGCUUCAGGCAAAUGUACCUGCAAUGAUGGCUACGCCGGUGAUGCCAGCACCAGCACCGGGAAUUGUACAAUGUGUGCAGCUGGCAAAUAUUCGAAUUCUUCUUUCACUACCUGUGUCGAUUGUCCUACUGACACUUGGAGCGCUCAAAAAAGUGGGUCAUGCUCUGCUUGCAAUCAGACUGUGUCAUGUCAAUCCGAUGAGAUCGCAUCCUCCACGUGCGAUCAAACCACAGGAAGGUAUUGUACAAAGACUUGUUCGGACUCAUCCAAGUCUAUCUUGAACAGUGUUUGCGUCUGUAAGGCUGGCUACUAUCAAAAUGCAUCUGGGGAUAACUGCGUGGCCUGUCCUGCAGGCAAGUACCAGGGCUCUGAGAACCAAACCACAUGCCACACCUGUGAUAGUGGAAAGUAUGCUGCGGGCAACGGAAAUACAAUGUGUCACUCGUGUGGAUCACCAUGCGGUGCAGGCAAAUAUGUGAUCACAAACUGUUCGAUCACCGCGGAUAUCAAUUGCGGUACUUGCGAUGCGGGGAAAACAUCCAACAGUGGAGCCAUGCACGUGUCAGAUUGCUACAAUUGCUCUGCAGGGUAUUACUCAAACGCGGGAGGCUCUUGCAUGCAGUGUGCUAUUGGAAAGUACAACCCAUACCCAGGUAUGUCGGAUUGUCAAUCCUGUUUAGCAGGAAAUUGGGCACCACCAGGCAGCACGUCGAUGGCACACUGCACGAGCACCAGAAGUCUUACGUGCUCGAACAUUCCUGAAUAUGCAGUCAUCAACCCAGACAUCUAUUCCUAUUACGAGACCUCCUCUAGUUGUUCCAUGUGCCCGACUUCUUGCCCAUCUGGAAAUGCCUUAAAUGGAACAUGUGCCGGAAAGGGCGUGCUUGGUUGCAUUAGUUGCCCUUCUUCGUGCAAGCUCAAUAUCUACUUCACUGCAACUACGAACAAGACCACACCAACUGUUUUCAACGCUGCUGUGAAAGGAUCAACGUCAUGGACGGUAACGUCUACCUCGACAGAAAAGGUUUUGAUGACCCCGAGCGUAAACUACACCUUUACAACGUUUGUGACAACGGUGGAGGUAUCAUCUGGAACAGAGAGUGCGUACUUGAGCUUCUCCAAGUUGAAGGAUGAGCUGGCAAAAUCUUCGGUGCAGCUUCUUUCCAUCGACAGCUCGAUCCAGUACAAGGCGACGUCAACUACCACUCCCGCAACGACUGCGGCGCCAGCUCCCGCCACGACUGCGGCACCUGUCUAUGUGUACAUGAGGGGUACAGCGGCGGUCACAGAAGCCCAGUUCAAAGCGAACGAAGCGGAUUUCAAGAAAGCCAUUACCAAUGCAGCUUUGCCAGUGGUUGUGAGCAAUGUCGUCUUGACAAUCUUGUCCGUCACAGCGCGAAGGGCAAGCCAGGUGGAAUACUCAGCACAACUCCAAGUGGCCAGUGCGAGUGAUGCAACCAGUGCGCAGAAUAACAUUAAGACAAACAUUGCAACUGAGAUCGCCAAGUAUUCUUCGCUAUCAGCGUACUCCACUUCCUUCACUUUUUCGGAUACGCCCUACACAACAACACCAUUGGGCGCUGGAAGUCAGAUCAAACCCCUUCUCUUCCUCUUCUCACUGAGUUGGAUAAUUGCAAUUAGUCGUUCAUUGUAGAUUUCAUGUUGUCAAAAUCACACAUGAUAGUCGUGUAACUGUCCAUGGAGAUUAAUCUAAACCAAGUUUUCCUCUGCACUGAUGUUUUCUUGUCGUCGAAGAGUUUCGAAUUUGUCAAUGAUUGCAAGCAAUGUUCAGCACGUUAUAUUAGCUCUUUGCGCGUUGACCAGGUUCUUGUUAUGCUGUUGUUCGUAGCAUUUACUUUGCAAAUAUUACAUCGAUGGAUAAGAGCAG